GAACUCAGGCGGCCGCAUCGGCCCUGGCGAGAAUGAGAACCUGUGACCUGACCAUGUCCUUGUCCUGAUUGAUUGACAGAUUCCAUUAGUGCGGGGCGAUCCGGGAUUUCUCCCUCCCCCCUCCAUCUACGAAUAAUUUGAUUUUCCCCUCCCCCAAAAAAAGAAUUCCCACCUCCUCACCACCUCCACGCGCCACCCUCUACACAUCUCUCAGCUACAAAGAUCACCACCAAGUCUCAACUUACUCGAAUCCGCAAAUAUGGGUGGAGGAAACGGAGCCAAGGCAGCGAGCAAGCGCGAACGCGCAGCCAAAGACGCCAAGCCCGCCGCAAAGUCUCAGAAGAAAGUCAACGAGCAGGCUAUGGAUGUCCAGUGCAAUAUCUGCAAGGCGACUUUCCUGAAGACGAGUCGUGCGCCGGCGCUGACGGAGCAUGCCACGAAUAAGCAUAGCAAGACGCUGCCGGAGUGCUUCCCGAACUUUGUUGUCGCAUAAACGAGGAUUGUCGACAUGAUAAGCGUGGAGGGAGGGGUAUACACUGGGAGGAGAUACGAAAAUGAAGGAAGGCUUGGUUGGGUGCGACGAGGGAGAUGGGAGGAACAUCACACAUUUUGAUUUUUACGGCAGCGAUAGGCGCUCUCGGGGCGUCUGGUGGUAUUAGAUGAGACGAGUUGAACGAGGCUAUGAUAUACCGUUUGGGUUACGAUUCCAUGUGCUAUCUAUCUCUUGACGACUGAGUGCGCCGGAUGCAUAUAUGAGAAGUGGAUGAUAGUGGGGACA